AUGGCCGCUUCCAUCCCUAAAGUCAAGCUCAACAACGGUGUUGAGAUCCCUGCUCUCGGCCUCGGUACGUGGCAGUCCAAGCCUGAGGAAGUUACCAAUGCCGUCAAUCACGCAUUGAAGAGCGGCUACAGGCACAUCGAUUGUGCAUUUGCCUACGGAAACGAAGCUCAAGUUGGCGAGGGUAUCAAGAAAUCUGGCGUUCCUCGUUCAGAGAUCUUCAUUACUACUAAGGUCUGGUCGACCUACCACCGCCGCGUUAGGGAAUCACUCGAGGAGUCGCUAAAGAACCUUGGUACCGACUACGUCGAUCGUGCUUCUGCUUAUGCACUGGCCUGUUCCGCUCAACCCCAAUGGCAACCAUCCUCUUUUCCCACCUUGGAGGACGGCACUCGCGAUGUUGAUAAGGAAUGGCACAUCUCCAAGACCUGGCACAACUCGAGGAGCUCCUUGAAGAGGGCAAAGUCAAGGCAAUCGGUGUUUCCAACUGCUCCGAGCUCAAGCUCAACGAGAUUCUCCCCACCGCAAAGGUCGCCCGGCUGUAACCAGGUCGAACUUCACCCUUACAACCCUCAGCUGGAGCUUGCCAAGUUCUGCAACCCUCUCCUCAAGGACGAUGUUGUGGUAGAGAUUGCACAAAAGCACAACUCGACUCCAGUAGCGGUGCUAACCGGAUAUCAUAUCGCCAAGGGGCACGUUGUUUUGCCUAAAUCUGUCACCCCUGAGCGUAUCGAGUCGAAUCUCAAGUACGCGGAACUUGACACUUCGGAUGUCGAGAAGCUCGACUCGCUUGCUGCGUCUGGAAAGCAACAACGUUUCGUCAAGCCUGCAUGGCCGAUCGUCCUCGGCUUCCCCGACUGGAAGUAA